UCUCAGACUACCCCGUCAGUGCAAGGCGUCAACCCUCUUGAAGUUCGAUGCGCUGUACCGACACUGACAACGCCUCCUGAAUACUGUAAUCCAUAGCAAGCUGCUGAGCUCCUGACGAUGUUGUCUACCUGGGGCCUUCGGGCGGUUGUGCUCGCUAUCUACCUGGGCUCAUCAUACCUAGUCAACGUCGAAGUGAAAGAGCCUUACCUGGAUGAAAUCUUUCACAUUCCUCAGGCUCAGAAAUACUGUAGUGGGAACUUCAGGGAGUGGGACGCGAGCAUAACGACUCCUCCUGGCCUCUACAUCGUAUCUGCCACAAUAUCAUGGCUGACCAGGACUUCCUGCACGGUCGGAAAACUCCGCUCUCUCAACGUAUUACUAGGCUGUGUCUUUUACCCAUGGGUCUGCAAGCGUAUCAUGACCGGCCUCGCUUGUGAACAUCUGUUCUGGAAGGGCCACCCGGAACGCCGUGCUUCCAGAGCAAUCAACCUUCGUACCCUGAUCCCGGAAGCCAUCGUCGCAUCGACCUUCCCUCUGGUCUUCUUUUUCUCACUGCUUUACUAUACGGACGUCGCCAGCUUGUGCUCGGUUCUACUGUGCUAUAGUCUCGGUCGAGACAAAAAGUACCUGGCUUCGGCGGUAGCAGGCUUUGCAUCGCUGUGGUUCCGGCAAACGAACGUCGUCUGGGUCGGCUUCACGGCAGUCACGUCAGCUCUGGACGUGCUGGAAGAGCGGAUCAGACUCGAUCGUAAACAGCCUCGGAAACCGUCCUACAUUAGCGAGAGCUCCAUUUGCGGCCUCCAGUUGACUCCUCUGACAAUUGUAGUCAGGACGUACUUGGCCGCCGCUUUCCAAGAAUGGAAAGUCGUAGCUCGAAUACUAGGCACUUACCUCCCCGUUCUCCUGGCAUUCGUCGCCUUCGUCGUGUGGAACGGAGGGAUUGUGCUGGGCCACCAAGAGAUGCACGUCGCGAGCCUUCAUUACGCCCAGGUCCCGUUCUUCCUUGCCUUUUCGACUCUGUUGGGCUGGCCGGUCUUGUUCAAUGAGGGGAUCUGGCGACCCUUGAACAAGGCGAUACGGCUUGUGGCAGGUACCAAGACUCGGACCUUGUGUUCCGCGAUCCUACUUGGCCUCAUGGUAAUGGGUAUCAGAUACGGCACCGUCGUCCACCCUUUCCUUUUAGCAGAUAAUCGCCAUUACUUCUUCUACAUUUGGCGGCGCAUCUUCGGCCUACAUUGGUCUGUACGGUACGCCCUUACGCCAGGUUAUCUCGUUUGCCUAUGGAUAUGGAUAGCAAAACUAGGAGAACGUCGAAGUCUACCCUGGCUCGUAGCGUUCUUCGCUUGCACCGCCGCCGUGCUCGUUCCCACACCGCUGGUCGAACCCCGGUACUUUAUGGUGCCUUAUACCAUCAUGAGCCUACACUCUGCCCGACUCGACAACAAGGAGGGAGCUCGAUUACCUUGGACACAAUUGUGUUUCAACAUGGCAGUCAAUGCCGUAACGCUGUUUGUGUUCCUGACUGUCAAAUUCAAGUGGGAUGGCUGGGAAGGAUGGAUGAGGUUCAUGUGGUAGAAGCUGUACGCAUACAUUUGACACUCGGCAUCGCUUCGUUCAUAGACAAUCCAUCAGAUUCU